GUUCUUUUAUUCCCUUCCCUUCCCUUCUCCUCCUCCUUAUCUACCAUCCUUUCCCUUCUCUCUCUCCUCUCUCUUUCUCUCUCUAGAAGAAUCACUGUAAGAGUGAAGACUAUACAGAGUCGCACAUUGGUCUGCAACUUUUAUGCUCUGUUUCUUGUUACUAUUAGUAUUACUUAUUUUUAUAUUCAUAUUCAGCAUUAUUUAUUAUUUUCUCUUUCUAUGAAUCUUUCUUUCAUACUAAACGACAGCUUCUUCUUCUUCUCCAUCUGUUACGCUUCGCGUUCUGUGACAUUGAAGCUCGAAACCUCGUCGUUUUCUUCUGAUUGCUCUGCUCUUUGUUGUUUUUAGUCUCUCAUGCCCAUCGAUAUUAGUAAACCCACAUCACCAUCUUCACCAUUAUCGAAAAUAUAUAUGCAGAGAAACCCAUUAAUGCCUCUGGGUCUCAUUUGCUUUCCACUUUCCCGCCUUUUCUCUCUCCCUCUCUAGAAUCGAAUGAAAUUUUCUCUACAGUGUGUGGAAAAUAAGAGAUGGGUACCAGAGUUCGUAAUUUGAAUCCUAAGGAAAAGAUGAACAGAAAUUUACCAGGUGCUGAGAAAUCCAUAGCGUAUCGAUCCAGAAGAGAAAGAAAAUUGGCUUUACUACAAGAUGUUGAUAAGCUGAAGAAGAAGCUAAGACAUGAAGAGAAUGUUCACAAAGCAUUGGAGAGGGCUUUUAAGAGACCUUUAGGAGCUCUGCCUCGCCUUCCUCCGUAUCUCCCACCAUAUACACUGGAGCUUCUUGCUGAAGUAGCUGUUUUGGAGGAGGAGGUUGUUCGGCUCGAAGUGGAGGUUGUUAAUUUUAGGCAAGGACUAUAUCAGCAAGCUGUAUGCGUAUCAUCCAUGAGGAAUGCGGAUACUUCUAUUGAUUUCUAUGACCUCGUUUCAAAUAGAAGUUCCAAACAGGAGGAAUCAAAAUGUCUGUCCCAAAAUGAAGCCAAUUCAGUGUCAUCCACGGCCAGGGUUUUACCUUCUCUUUCCAGAAGUGCUUCAAGAAGAAAGCUAUCGUUCUCUGAUGCUGCAUCUGAUUUAAUGAGGCAUUGUUCUGAUAGGCCAACGAGUGUGAAACAAGCUGUGAAGAAGCUCAAUUCCUUGUCGGAAGAUGCACGUGGGAAAGAGAAUUGGUCGUGUUCCAAUUCUGCCAAGGACAAGCAAUCCCCAGAAAAGAAGAUCCCCACAAUCAAAACCCCAGUUAAGAGACUACCAAUAAUGCCCGAAUCAGUUGAAAAAAGUAUUGAUCCUCCGAAACUGCAGCUAGAGUGCAGAUUAGUGGACCAGGGAAGUGCACAGGACAGCUCUUCUGGCUCCUCGGAUUGCACAAUGCUUGAAGCAGAAAGCACGGCAAACAAAAUAUCUGAGGAUGUCUUGAAGUGCUUGUCUAGCAUCAUUUUAAGGUUGAGCACAUUGAAGAACAAGACAGUCCAACCGAGGAUUUCUCCAUCUUUAGUGGCUUUGGCUUCUAAUGGAAAAGGUCUUGAAACUGAGUUUCCUUAUGGUAUCUGUUCAGAAUUCAGAAGAGAUAUUGGUCCAUAUAAGCAUCUAUGUGCAAUUGAAACUGGCUCAAUUGAUCUGAACCGAAAAACAAAUGCUUCAUUUCUGAUCCAAAGGCUCAAGCUACUCCUUGGCAAGCUAGCAUCUGUCGAUUUAGAGGGCCUUACCCAUAAGCAGAAGCUCGCGUUUUGGAUAAACACUUAUAAUUCCUGCAUGAUGAAUGCAUUUUUAGAGCAUGGAAUACCUGACAGUCCUGAAAAAGUUGUACAAGUGAUGCAGAAGGCAACGAUAAACAUAGGGGGACAUUUGCUAAAUGCAAUUAUAAUUGAGCAUUUUAUCCUGAGGCUGCCUUCUCAUUUGAAAUAUACUUGUCCAAAAGCUGCAAAGAACAUCGAAACGAAGGCACGGAGUAUAUUUGGAUUGGAGUGGUCUGAACCCUUGGUCUCAUUUGCACUCUCCUGUGGAAGUUGGUCCUCUCCUGCUGUGAGGGUGUACACUGCAUCCAAAGUUGAGAACGAGUUGGAAGCCGCAAAGAGAGACUACUUACAGGCAGCAGUUGGCAUUUCAGCAACAAACAAACUAAUAAUUCCCAAGCUGUUGGAUUGGUAUCUGCUCGACUUCGCGAAAGAUUUGGAAGCACUGCUUGAUUGGGUCUGCUUGCAGCUACCAAGCGAACUCCGGAAUGAAACAUUUAGGUGCCUUAAUAGGAAGAAGGGAGGAGAGCCUCUUUCACAGUUAGUAGAAAUAAUGCCAUAUAAUUUCAGUUUCAGGUACCUUAUAAAGCAAUAAGAAGAUUACAUUUCCAUUCAUGAACCUUGAUUAUGAAAAGAAAAUCCUCUCCUGCCAUCAAGUUCGGGAUGCACUUUACAAAAAAAGGUUGGGAUAUACUUUACAAAAAAGGUUGGGAUAUUUGAAUAUCCCAACCUUUUUGUAAAGUGCAUCCCCAACUGGACGGGACAAGAACUACUGUUCCAUUGGAGAGGAUAUUUGUCCCUUGAUUAUGCAUAUUUUGAAGAAGUUUGGAGUGGCAAGGUCUUUAUACUUGAUAUAGUGAUAUGUAAGAAGAGUUGAAGGACACAAUAGAAUCUAGCCUCAGAGAGACGGUAGGAGAAAUAAUUUCUCCUUCAAAUGGUGAAUCUGGUGAUUGGUUUUUCGAAAGAUUGGUUUUGGGGAAGGGUGUAAUAAUGAUGACUUAAUUAAAUUAAUUCAUUGUACUUUCAAAUUUGUGAAUUUUGGAGUGUGUAGAAGCUUUUUUCCUUUUCUCUUCA